AGGCAACUAACUCCAGAGAAAACGAGCGAGCCCCACGCAACUCUUCAUUCCUGCAGGGAGAACAAGGAGGUGUGCCCGCCAGGGAAGGGACGCACCCCCGCCGGCGCUCGCUGCCUUAACUUCCCCAUCCCCGCGCCAGGGAGGGGCCGGAGUCGCCGCCGAGGCCGCCGAGCGCAGAAAGUGCGCGAAGGGGACGCGCUGCGAGCCUCACACGUGACGGCGCCGCGCCGAACCGAGCGGGACCUGGCGGCAGCGGCGGCGGGCGCAGCGGGGCGGCCCGGAGCGGCGCGGGCGGCCUGGAGCCCCGGGAGCGGCGCGCGCGGUCCCGGCCCAGCGGCUCUCCUGGCCUCGCGCUGCACAUUCUCUCCUGGCGGCGGCGCCACCUGCAGUAGCGUUCGCCCGAACAUGGCGACACGGAGCAGCAGGAGGGAGUCGCGACUCCCGUUCCUAUUCACCCUGGUCGCACUGCUGCCGCCCGGAGCUCUCUGCGAAGUCUGGACGCAGAGGCUGCACGGCGGCAGCGCGCCCUUGCCCCAGGACCGGGGCUUCCUCGUGGUGCAGGGCGACCCGCGCGAGCUGCGGCUGUGGGAGCGCGGGGAUGCCAGGGGGGCGAGCCGCGCGGACGAGAAGCCGCUCCGGAGGAAACGGAGCGCUGCCCUGCAGCCCGAGCCCAUCAAGGUGUACGGACAGGUUAGUCUGAAUGAUUCCCACAAUCAGAUGGUGGUGCACUGGGCUGGAGAGAAAAGCAACGUGAUCGUGGCCUUGGCCCGAGAUAGCCUGGCAUUGGUGAGGCCCAAGAGCAGUGAUGUGUACGUGUCUUACGACUACGGAAAAUCAUUCAAGAAAAUUUCAGACAAGUUAAACUUUGGCGUGGGAAAUAGGAGUGAAGCUGUGAUCGCCCAGUUCUACCACAGCCCUGCGGACAACAAGCGGUACAUCUUUGCAGACGCUUAUGCCCAGUACCUCUGGAUCACGUUUGACUUCUGCAACACUCUUCAAGGCUUUUCCAUCCCAUUUCGGGCAGCUGAUCUCCUCCUACACAGUAAGGCCUCCAACCUUCUCUUGGGCUUCGACAGGUCCCACCCCAACAAGCAGCUGUGGAAGUCAGAUGACUUUGGCCAGACCUGGAUCAUGAUUCAGGAACAUGUCAAGUCCUUUUCUUGGGGAAUUGAUCCCUAUGACAAACCAAAUACCAUCUACAUUGAACGACAUGAACCCUCUGGCUACUCCACUGUUUUCCGAAGUACAGAUUUCUUCCAGUCCCGGGAAAACCAGGAAGUGAUCCUUGAGGAAGUGAGAGAUUUUCAGCUUCGGGACAAGUACAUGUUUGCUACAAAGGUGGUGCAUCUCUUGGGCAGUGAACAGCAGUCUUCUGUCCAGCUCUGGGUCUCCUUUGGCCGGAAGCCCAUGCGAGCAGCCCAGUUUGUCACAAGACAUCCUAUUAAUGAAUAUUACAUCGCAGAUGCCUCCGAGGACCAGGUGUUUGUCUGUGUCAGCCACAGUAACAACCGCACCAAUUUAUACAUCUCAGAGGCAGAGGGGCUGAAGUUCUCCCUGUCCUUGGAGAACGUGCUCUAUUACAGCCCAGGAGGGGCCGGCAGUGACACCUUGGUGAGGUAUUUUGCAAAUGAGCCAUUUGCUGACUUCCACCGAGUGGAAGGAUUGCAAGGAGUCUACAUUGCUACUCUGAUUAAUGGUUCUAUGAAUGAGGAGAACAUGAGAUCAGUCAUCACCUUUGACAAAGGGGGAACCUGGGAGUUUCUUCAGGCUCCAGCCUUCACGGGAUAUGGAGAGAAAAUCAAUUGUGAGCUUUCCCAGGGCUGUUCCCUUCAUCUGGCUCAGCGCCUCAGUCAGCUCCUCAACCUCCAGCUCCGGAGAAUGCCCAUCCUGUCCAAGGAGUCGGCUCCAGGCCUCAUCAUCGCCACUGGCUCAGUGGGAAAGAACUUGGCUAGCAAGACAAACGUGUACAUCUCUAGCAGUGCUGGAGCCAGGUGGCGAGAGGCACUUCCUGGACCUCACUACUACACGUGGGGAGACCACGGCGGAAUCAUCACGGCCAUUGCCCAGGGCAUGGAAACCAAUGAGCUAAAAUACAGUACCAAUGAAGGGGAGACCUGGAAAACAUUCAUCUUCUCUGAGAAGCCAGUGUUUGUGUAUGGCCUCCUCACAGAACCCGGGGAGAAGAGCACUGUCUUCACCAUCUUUGGCUCGAACAAAGAGAAUGUCCACAGCUGGCUGAUCCUCCAGGUCAAUGCCACGGAUGCCUUGGGAGUUCCCUGCACAGAGAAUGACUACAAGCUGUGGUCACCAUCUGAUGAGCGGGGGAAUGAGUGUUUGCUGGGACACAAGACUGUUUUCAAACGGAGGACCCCCCAUGCCACAUGCUUCAAUGGAGAGGACUUUGACAGGCCGGUGGUCGUGUCCAACUGCUCCUGCACCCGGGAGGACUAUGAGUGUGACUUCGGUUUCAAGAUGAGUGAAGAUUUGUCAUUAGAGGUUUGUGUUCCAGAUCCGGAAUUUUCUGGAAAGUCAUACUCCCCUCCUGUGCCUUGCCCUGUGGGUUCUACUUACAGGAGAACGAGAGGCUACCGGAAGAUUUCUGGGGACACUUGUAGUGGAGGAGAUGUUGAAGCGCGACUGGAAGGAGAGCUGGUCCCCUGUCCCCUGGCAGAAGAGAACGAGUUCAUUCUGUAUGCUGUGAGGAAAUCCAUCUACCGCUAUGACCUGGCCUCGGGAGCCACCGAGCAGUUGCCUCUCACCGGGCUACGGGCAGCAGUGGCCCUGGACUUUGACUAUGAGCACAACUGUUUGUAUUGGUCCGACCUGGCCUUGGACAUCAUCCAGCGCCUCUGUUUGAAUGGAAGCACAGGGCAAGAGGUGAUCAUCAAUUCUGGCCUGGAGACAGUAGAAGCUUUGGCUUUUGAACCCCUCAGCCAGCUGCUUUACUGGGUAGAUGCAGGCUUCAAAAAGAUUGAGGUAGCUAAUCCAGAUGGCGACUUCCGACUCACAAUCGUCAAUUCCUCUGUGCUUGAUCGUCCCAGGGCUCUGGUCCUCGUGCCCCAAGAGGGGGUGAUGUUCUGGACAGACUGGGGAGACCUGAAGCCUGGGAUUUAUCGGAGCAAUAUGGAUGGUUCUGCUGCCUAUCGCCUGGUGUCAGAGGAUGUGAAGUGGCCCAAUGGCAUCUCUGUGGACGACCAGUGGAUUUACUGGACAGAUGCCUACCUGGACUGCAUAGAGCGGAUCACGUUCAGUGGCCAGCAGCGCUCCGUCAUUCUGGACAACCUCCCACACCCCUAUGCCAUUGCUGUCUUUAAGAAUGAAAUCUACUGGGAUGACUGGUCACAGCUCAGCAUAUUCCGAGCUUCCAAAUACAGUGGGUCCCAGAUGGAGAUUCUGGCAAACCAGCUCACGGGGCUCAUGGACAUGAAGAUUUUCUACAAGGGGAAGAACACUGGAAGCAAUGCCUGUGUGCCCAGGCCAUGCAGCCUGCUGUGCCUGCCCAAGGCCAACAACAGUAGAAGCUGCAGGUGUCCAGAGGGCGUGUCCAGCAGUGUGCUUCCGUCAGGGGACCUGAUGUGUGACUGCCCUCAGGGCUAUCAGCUCAAGAACAAUACCUGUGUCAAAGAAGAGAACACCUGUCUUCGCAACCAGUAUCGCUGCAGCAACGGGAACUGUAUCAACAGCAUUUGGUGGUGUGACUUUGACAACGACUGUGGAGACAUGAGCGAUGAGAGAAAUUGCCCUACCACCAUCUGUGACCUGGACACCCAGUUUCGUUGCCAGGAGUCUGGGACUUGUAUCCCACUGUCCUAUAAAUGUGACCUUGAGGAUGACUGUGGAGACAACAGUGAUGAAAGUCAUUGUGAAAUGCACCAGUGCCGGAGUGACGAGUACAACUGCAGUUCCGGCAUGUGCAUCCGCUCCUCCUGGGUAUGUGACGGGGACAAUGACUGCAGGGACUGGUCUGACGAAGCCAACUGUACCGCCAUCUAUCACACCUGUGAGGCCUCCAACUUCCAGUGCCGAAACGGGCACUGCAUCCCCCAGCGGUGGGCGUGUGACGGGGAUACGGACUGCCAGGAUGGUUCUGAUGAGGAUCCAGUCAACUGUGAGAAGAAGUGCAAUGGAUUCCGCUGCCCAAAUGGCACUUGCAUCCCAUCCAGCAAACAUUGUGAUGGUCUGCGUGAUUGCUCUGAUGGCUCCGAUGAACAGCACUGCGAGCCCCUCUGUACGCACUUCAUGGACUUUGUGUGUAAGAACCGCCAGCAGUGCCUGUUCCACUCCAUGGUCUGUGACGGAAUCAUCCAGUGCCGCGACGGGUCCGAUGAGGAUGCGGCGUUUGCAGGAUGCUCCCAAGAUCCUGAGUUCCACAAGGUAUGUGAUGAGUUCGGUUUCCAGUGUCAGAAUGGAGUGUGCAUCAGUUUGAUUUGGAAGUGCGACGGGAUGGAUGAUUGCGGCGAUUAUUCUGAUGAAGCCAACUGCGAAAACCCCACAGAAGCCCCAAACUGCUCCCGCUACUUCCAGUUUCGGUGUGAGAAUGGCCACUGCAUCCCCAACAGAUGGAAAUGCGACAGGGAGAACGACUGUGGGGACUGGUCUGACGAGAAGGAUUGUGGAGAUUCACAUAUUCUUCCCUUCUCGACUCCUGGGCCCUCCACGUGUCUGCCCAAUUACUACCGCUGCAGCAGUGGGACCUGCGUGAUGGACACCUGGGUGUGCGACGGGUACCGAGAUUGUGCAGAUGGCUCUGACGAGGAAGCCUGCCCCUCACUUGCAAAUGUCACUGCUGCCUCCACUCCCACCCAACUUGGGCGAUGUGACCGCUUUGAGUUCGAAUGCCACCAACCGAAGAAGUGUAUUCCCAACUGGAAGCGCUGUGACGGCCACCAAGAUUGCCAGGAUGGCCGGGACGAGGCCAAUUGCCCCACACACAGCACCUUGACUUGCAUGAGCAGGGAGUUCCAGUGCGAGGAUGGGGAGGCCUGCAUUGUGCUCUCGGAGCGCUGCGACGGCUUCCUGGACUGCUCGGAUGAGAGCGAUGAAAAGGCCUGCAGUGAUGAGUUGACUGUGUACAAAGUACAGAAUCUUCAGUGGACAGCUGACUUCUCUGGGGAUGUGACUUUGACCUGGAUGAGGCCCAAAAAAAUGCCCUCUGCUUCUUGUGUAUAUAAUGUCUACUACAGGGUGGUUGGAGAGAGCAUAUGGAAGACUCUGGAGACCCACAGCAAUAAGACAAACACUGUAUUAAAAGUCUUGAAACCAGAUACCACGUAUCAGGUUAAAGUACAGGUUCAAUGCCUCAGCAAGGCACACAACACCAAUGACUUUGUGACCCUGAGGACCCCCGAGGGAUUGCCAGAUGCCCCUCGAAAUCUCCAGCUGUCACUCCCCAGGGAAGCAGAAGGUGUGAUUGUAGGCCACUGGGCUCCUCCCAUCCACACCCAUGGCCUCAUCCGUGAGUACAUUGUAGAAUACAGCAGGAGUGGUUCCAAGAUGUGGGCCUCCCAGAGGGCUGCUACUAACUUUACAGAAAUCAAGAACUUAUUGGUCAACACUCUAUACACCGUCAGAGUGGCUGCGGUGACUAGUCGUGGAAUAGGAAACUGGAGCGAUUCUAAAUCCAUUACCACCAUAAAAGGAAAAGUGAUCCCACCACCAGAUAUCCACAUUGACAGCUAUGGUGAAAAUUAUCUAAGCUUCACCCUGACCAUGGAGAGUGAUAUCAAGGUAAAUGGCUAUGUGGUGAACCUUUUCUGGGCAUUUGACACCCACAAGCAAGAGAGGAGAACUUUGAACUUCCGAGGAAGCAUAUUGUCACACAAAGUUGGCAAUCUGACAGCUCAUACAUCCUAUGAGAUUUCUGCCUGGGCCAAGACUGACUUGGGGGAUAGCCCUCUGGCAUUUGAGCAUGUUAUGACCAGAGGGGUUCGCCCACCUGCACCUAGCCUCAAGGCCAAAGCCAUCAACCAGACUGCAGUGGAAUGUACCUGGACCGGCCCCCGGAAUGUGGUUUAUGGUAUUUUCUAUGCCACGUCCUUUCUUGACCUCUAUCGCAACCCGAAGAGCUUGACUACUUCACUCCACAACAAGACGGUCAUUGUCAGUAAGGAUGAGCAAUAUUUGUUUCUGGUCCGUGUAGUGGUACCCUACCAGGGGCCGUCCUCUGACUACGUUGUAGUGAAGAUGAUCCCGGACAGCAGGCUUCCACCCCGUCACCUGCAUGUGGUUCAUACGGGCAAAACCUCCGUGGUCAUCAAGUGGGAAUCACCGUAUGACUCUCCUGACCAGGACUUGUUGUAUGCAAUUGCAGUCAAAGAUCUCAUAAGAAAGACUGACAGGAGCUACAAAGUAAAAUCCCGUAACAGCACUGUGGAAUACACCCUUAACAAGUUGGAGCCUGGCGGGAAAUACCACAUCAUUGUCCAACUGGGGAACAUGAGCAAAGAUUCCAGCAUAAAAAUUACCACAGUUUCAUUAUCAGCACCUGAUGCCUUAAAAAUCAUAACAGAAAAUGACCAUGUUCUUCUGUUUUGGAAAAGCCUGGCUUUAAAGGAAAAGCAUUUUAAUGAAAGCAGGGGCUAUGAGAUACACAUGUUUGAUAGUGCCAUGAAUAUCACAGCUUACCUUGGGAAUACUACUGACAAUUUCUUUAAAAUUUCCAACCUGAAGAUGGGUCAUAAUUACACGUUCACCGUCCAAGCAAGAUGCCUUUUUGGCAGCCAGAUCUGUGGGGAGCCUGCCAUCCUGCUGUACGAUGAGCUGGGGUCUGGUGCAGAUGCAUCUGCAACGCAGGCUGCCAGAUCUACGGAUGUUGCUGCUGUGGUGGUGCCCAUCUUAUUCCUGAUACUGCUGAGCCUGGGGGUGGGGUUUGCCAUCCUGUACACGAAGCACCGGAGGCUGCAGAGCAGCUUCACCGCCUUUGCCAACAGCCACUACAGCUCCAGGCUGGGGUCCGCAAUCUUCUCCUCUGGGGAUGACCUGGGGGAAGAUGAUGAAGAUGCCCCUAUGAUAACUGGAUUUUCAGAUGACGUCCCCAUGGUGAUAGCCUGAAAGAGCUUUCCUCACUAGAAACCAAAUGGUGUAAAUAUUUUAUUUGAUAAAGAUAGUUGAUGGUUUAUUUUAAAAGAUGCACUUUGAGUUGCAAUAUGUUAUUUUUAUAUGGGCCAAAAACAAAAAACAAAAAAAAAAAAAAAAAGGAAAGAAAGGAAUGAAUAAACUUUGUAGUAAUCAACUGUGAACUUCAAACCAGGUUGAUUUUAGUAACCCAAUUGCUUUGAUUUGACAUUAAUGUAGUCUUACAGGGCUGUGCUUGCUGGGCAUGCUUUUACGUCUGUGAGAUAAUUUCGGUUCAGUAAAUUGGCCAAUCUUUUUAUUUUUCUAAGACACAGAAAUGUAUUUAAUAAAAACCUCGAGAGAGUGAUGGGUGGAACCCCUUCUCCUUGAAAGUGUGUACAGAUAUUCCAUUUUGUUUGGAUAUAGUUUAUAGGCAAGUGUGUGGGUGUAUUAUGGGGGAAGGUUUCUUUAUGUUAUUUUGUUAAUUUAUUGGGACUCUGUGUAAGGCCAGGCUUUAGUGGUCAUUAGACACCACAUGUGUUAUGAGCCCCUUACCCAUAGGGUUGGGGGUGGGAAGAGAAGCAUAUUUUUUUGCCAUUCCGGAAGCAAUCCAUUUUUAUUCACUUGUGUGUCAUGUAAUGGUCUUUGGCAGGAGAGAGCACUGAGUCAUUGCUGGAGUUCAGUUCAACAGAGCUGCAGCUUGGGAAGCCCUGUAAGCCCACAGCUUCCUCUCUUAUAUUAAUUGAUGGAAUUUUACUGUAUGUGCCUCUGUACAAGAUGUAGCUUUGAGAGCUACAAAAUGAUAACACUGCUUUAUUACACACUGGUUUCAUUGUCAUUGCAAAAACUUACCCUGGUUGUGGGGGAGAGUUCUAGAUCUGUGCCAUGAUCCAUACACUGGCUAAUAGAGUACAUAAUUUUUCCAUUUUCCAUUUUUUGUUUUUACUUACUACUGAAGGAUCUCAAAUGUAAAAUUAUGUAUUUGGUUUGAGAUGGCCACUUAUUGUCCUUAAAAAUCCAUACUGAUAUAUGCAGUCAUUUUGAAUUGGACAGUGCCUUCUCUUUUUUUUUUUUUCCCUCUUCUUCCAUCUCCCUCACCCAUGCCCCCACCCAAUCUAAAGAGACAGUGCUGUACACUCUCAUAGAGAUAGAGAAGAUCUAAAAAGUUGAGACUACUCAAUCCAGUUAACAGCAGCAGGAGCACUAGAGUUUGUUCAUUUAUUCUCUCUGUAAAACAAGCUGUGCUUUUUUUCUUCUGCCUUUAAAAUGCCACCCGUGUAUUCAAACCAUGGCCACUUGAUAGUUAGUAGAAUCCAUCGUGGGCCGAUGCAAGCCCUUUAGGCUUAGUGUUGUAGGCACCAAUGUCGAGCAUCGUUGUGACUUGUACUGUAUGAUUCUCACUGAAGAAUUUCCUUUCAGCCAAGAAGCAGUGAGGUCUGGGAAUAUUCCAAAGUCAUGUCUCUGAAUAUGUGUCCUUGAUAUGCAAGCUUUGUAAAACCCCAUCCCCCCUUAGGUGCGAGGCAUCACCUUCUCACAAGUGUUUAGUUUCUUUUAACCACAAGUAUCAUUCUUGGGUGAUAAUAUAGUUUCAUUCUACUUAGGGAUUGUUUAGAAAACAAAGAAAGAGCCAAUUAAAUUUUUUAGUUUUUGAAAUUUUUAUUUAUAUGUAUACUUGGAUGAGUAUUUUAAGCUGUCGACCUUUAGUUUGCCAUACGGGUAGGACUGUAUUUCAUUUUAACAACUGGUGGUAAUGAUAAGCCUUCUUCUAGCGUAUUUUCUCUUCUUUCCUGUCACUCUCCUUUUUUAAGUUUUUUUUUUUAAAGACUGGAAUUUUUUUUGGCUUUAUCUUGUCUUACCGUAGAGAUUUGUUCAAAACUCUAAGCCCUACCACCUCCCCUUUAAUAAGCUCUUUAAAUAGUUGAAUCAUUAACAACCUGGUGGGAGGCAAGUCAUUUAAUUGAACCACUAGGAAGUGUAUUUUCUUUUCUUUUUCUGCCAACUUUUUGGUGGCAUUUGUAAAAGCUGAUAUAAAAGGCUCUGAGAUGUUAUUUUCAGUUAUUCCAUAGGCAAGCCUUUUUACAGAGCAUAUGUCUCCAGUUGGCAGCUUGAGAUAUUUCCGAGCAUCCGGUUCUAGCUACCAGUGCCUCCCAAUGCUUAGUGCACAGUACUGUAGACUGGCCAUCACCCCUCUCCUUGGAAAAUGCCACUGUGCUGUUUGAAAAAAAGCAGCCUUUUAGGGCUAGAGUAUUUUAUAUAAACAGAAGAGCUAAGUUCCUGAAGACUAAGCUAGAUAGCUGCAGCUAUAUGUAAAUUGUAUAUUUUUAUGAACUUUUGAAGCACACACUCCUGUUUCCCUCUGUGUAGCUUUGUGGGGAUUUCAUGUAUAUAUGCUGUCUGAAAGAAUCCAGAGGUUGGAGUGCCAAUAGAAAAUGAAAACAAAUGCCUUGUACUACAGGCAGCCUUUGAAGGUGACCAGAUAACUGUCUUCACUGUGACCAAUCGGAGUCCCUGCUUGCUUGUGAAGAAGGGGCUUUUGUACCUUGUUGGAGGUGCCACCUCAGAAGUUCACACUGUGCAGGAAAAAGGUUUUAUUCUCUCCUGGCAUACAUUAGAAUGUCAGAUGCUUGCAUCCAUGUGGACCACGAUGGGCCUCUAAAAAUUGGUGGGCAGGGGGUUUGCUUAUGAGUUUUCUCUGGAAACCGAUUUUACUCCUGGAUGUAUUGAAUGCCCCUUGAGCUUUAUGAGAUACGAGUCCACAUGGAUAAAAUGUUAGAGAGUGGAGUUCUACAGAGGAUUCCAGGAAGAGGCCAUGUCUGUGCAGUCCUAGUUCCAGACAGGUGAGAAGCUCCAGGAACUACUGGCUACCUUGACAAGCUGGGUAAAUAGUUAUCAUUCUGGGUAACUGGUUGAAACUCUGACUUUUGGACAAGUAAUUCCUGGGGUUCUGUCUUUGGUAGCAUCACCAGGGAUAUUUGGGUGGGACAGACAGAAGACACACAGCUGCCUGUUCUCUCCUGCCCAUCAUGUUUGGCCCACUAGAUGAAGCUGUACUCAGCAAUUUAGGGAAUGUAACCCUUCUCAGAACUGGCCAUUUUCAGGGGAAGCUUGGGAGAGCAAUAGUAUGGUGAGCCCCUUACAGAUGAGCGCCUACUCCUCCUUGGCGAAUGCUGCCUUCAGAUGCUUACCAAGUGGUCACUGCGUCUAGUAAGAUUAUAUUUCCAGUACACUUCCUUAGGGCAGAAACACCAUCCUGUCAGGUUUGGUCAGUCCCUUCUUCAUGAAGGGAGUCAUGGUGAAUUCCUGAAAAUUUUCUUCUUUCUGCAGACAGUUGGAUGAGUCCCUUAGAGAAGGCAUCCAGAGACAUAACCAAACUGAAUAUCAUCCCAUAUUGAUUUUAGGAAUUGACUCUAAAACUCUGUGCAGAAUCUUGUGUUGGGAUUGUAUCUUGACAUUCCUGUUAUGUUAUUUUUCUUAACUGGAGUGUGUGCUGCCUUUCAGGUACAAUUUUUGUGUAAUAAAAGCCAGUGCAUUAAGUUUAUAUAGACUACUUUCUAUGCAAGACUGAGAUAUGGAAUAGAUAGCAAGAGUAUGUACUGCUGGGUACAUGGACAGUAAGUGUGUUUUCAGAUGGAGUACCAGCACCGAAAAUGGGUUGAGGGAGGAUGGGUUGUAUGUAUGUUUCUGCCCACUAAUUUUGAGCAGCCAUAUUAUGAAUUAAAUCAUCACAGCCGAGUAAUAACCCAAGAAUGGUAUUAGUUUCAUGUGUAAUAGCUCAAAUGGAAUAAGUAUGAAUGCUGGAGUGGACCAUUAUCCUCAAAUAUUCUAUGUCACUUCUCAUUUAAAGACUCUUGUUAUGAACUAUUAGAAACUUUAGGCAAAAUCAAAAGUAUUUGCGGCAAAAUAAAGGCCUAUUCUACUCUUAUUUAAAGUGAAACACUGUAUACUUGUUUCUCUCCAAAGUGAAAUUAAGUAUUUAUAAUUUCAAUUGCCUCGAUAAGUUUCCAAGUCACUGAAAUCUGCUGAAGGUUUUACUGUAUUGUUGCACAACUUUAAGAUAAUUUUUGUCUCAAUGUCAACUUUUUUCACUGAAUAAAAAUUUAACUGGGUCAAGAAAACA